AUGGCAGACCGAGUCCUCGCUAUUGGAUUCGGAGGAGCGCACACUCACCUUUCUGCCCUUUCUCUCAAGAGAGGCAUCAGCUUCUCUUCCUUCAAAUUGUCUCUCAGUCCUCUCGAUCGAGUCCUGACCGUAGCCCUCCUCCUCCUCCUCCUCCUCCUCUUCGCUACCACCACCGAAGCCGCUCACUACAGCAAAUGCUGCGUCCUCGGCGCCCGUGACCAACUCAACAUCUUCACCGAAGAGCUUCCUUGGGAUGUCUGUCACUACAACAAAACGGUGUCCUACCCAGCCGACCCAGUCUCCCCUUCCGUAAACAGGACUAAGGGGUGGUGUAUAAACAACUGCCAGGGAGCCCAAUGGAGCAAUGCCACUCAGUGGAUCCAGCCACUCGCUUCGUGGAUCGCACCGUAUACCGGACUACUCCUACUGUGUCCCGUCGGCGGAAAGCCAGAGAAGACAGAGAAGAAAAGGCCAGAACGGAGCGAGGAACCGGCGACGUCGAUGACUGGGGAUGAGGCGCCCCCAGCACACAAUCCAGCCCUAAAGUCAGGUUGGAUGACCAAUAGAUUCCACUGGCAGAAACUUCGAACCACGUGCCAGGAAGCUUACACGUGGUGCUGCAAUGCCGCUGAAUAUCUCCGCUUCCCAGCGCAGGAGUAUGUCAUGCUGAUCGGUGACCCGGCAAGUGCGCUCUGGGGCUCUUUCGCGGAGCUGCAGCACGACCGGCUCAUGGUGAGGGACUUGUCCCGGCCGUCGCGGCUGGAGCCGAGGCUCCGUCAGACCUUCGUGAUCAUGGUGGACGACACGGUAUAUGAUCCUGACUUGACGAGGCAGUUAGGCGAGAAGAUCGAGCGAGUGGUGUCCCCACCAAUACAUCCAGGUGAACUGCUUGUCGAGCAGAAAAUGACCUAUGACCCGGUAAAGACGACAGCAGUCGACACCAUCAACGAAAAGGAUCCCCAAUCCGUCUCCACGAUCAACAGAGUAGCCGCUACGAGCAACAUCCUUGUGCACGAUUACGAUUACAAGUCUCUAGUGGACCUCGAGCGCGCCCUCCGCAGCGUCGUGGAAGCGCGGGUCCCCUUCAUUACCGCAAUCGCGCUUCCCGCGGUGCUGAUGCUAGCAGUGGUGGCCUACGAUGCAUAUAACAAGCUCGGUGAUAAUGACACAGUGCACUCGAUCGCCUACGGGGUGUUCUACUCUUGGAUCGUCGUGUUGGCCGUCGUUGGCAACUGCGCGGCUACAAGCGUGAACGCAGGGGUGCUAGACAACACCUUGGGCGGGGUGGUGGGGUUCAAGUUCCACCCGCAGGUGCCGCUACGGAAGCGAUAUUCGAACGCCGUGCGAUGGUCCGCAUGGAGGUACAAUGUCGAGGGUCGAUUUUGGGUGGUUCUUCCAUCUCCACUUCUUCACUGGCCAGGUGCUGGGGUGGCUGGUCGUGGCGUUGUCAUGCGCAUGCGCGGCGUCGAUCUCGUACACGACGCCGACGGUGGGGAUGGGGUGUCGGUCGUUCACCUUCGUCUUGUGGAGAUGUGCGAUGACGCCGACCCCGACUCGAAGAGAACCUGGACCCGUCUGGACGUCGCGGUUAGAUACGUCUACGGCUUCCUGGUGCUGUGCAAUGCCUGCCUGCUCGUCCUCGGCACUGUGUUCAACCUCGCGGGUCUGUACCGAACAUGUCGCUGCAAGCUGCUGUUCGCCAGCAUGGACGCGCUCGUCGAGCUGAACACGAACACACAGCAAUACUUGGACAACGCGAGGAAGUUCUGGUACCCGGUGGGGUACGUGGUGUUUACGCUUGUAUGGAUAUUAUGCGCGAUGGCGGUUGCGCUGAGGAAGCAUAUGACUUUGCACCUCUUGUCGGCCCUUGAGAGACGAAGGAACGGUCUGCCUUUUGAUCGUAGCGGAUCCGUACCUCUUGAUAGAGGCGUUCCCCUGGGCUAUUCCGAUGAUAUCGAAGCAAAUGUUCGAUGCCCACUCUGCCGCAUUGUUGCCGAUGCAGCCGAUACGCUUACGCGUGAAGAUGACAGAGAGGUGGAAUUCUGGUUUCUCAAACCCGUCUUCGGGUACGAGGUAUUGACCUUUGGGGAGAGAAGAAGUGACCCGGCGGCCCAUGCAAGGCAGAAAGCUACCCCACCCACGUCUUCCGUAUACCUGGGAGUCGCUCGCUCUUUUAAGAUGCAGGAUGAACAUGGGUUCGGAUACUACACGUCAGUGAGCAGUAUUUAUAUAGGAUUGCUCAACCAGGCGGAACUCACUGGGAGAACUGACUGGGCACCUCGCUUGCAUGACCUUCAAUCCGUGGACUUUGAGAUGAUUAAGAAUUGGCUGAGUCGCUGCCGCAGCCAUGAAACAUGCAAUCAACUAUCUCCAGCUUCAGGUCACGGGCUCACUCUUAGGGUGUUAGACACCAAGCUCCUCCAGGUCAUUGAUUUACCCCACGGGUCGCCCUACAUAGCACUCAGCUAUGUCCUAGGCGGAAUACCGCCUGUAGAACAAAAAGCCAUUUACAAAUUGUCUGAGCUUCCUCGCUUUUUACAAGACGCUAUUGCUGUGGCCAACGCACUCAGCCAUCGCUACAUCUGGACGGACUAUCUCUGCAUCAGCAACACGGAUUCCCUUCAACGAACUGCCGAUAUCGAGCGAAUGGGCACCAUUUAUCGCCAGGCAUUCGCGACCAUCAUUAAUGCCCCUACUUGGGACAACCCGCAAGGCAUCCCCGGUGUAAACGAUUCUGAUCGAUGGGUUAGGCAAAGUUCAGAGCAAUUUGAUGGCAUGACGCUCGUCACCUCCCAUCUGUCGCUAGGAAUGGUAGUCAAGUCAAGUGCCUGGGGCAGAAGGGGCUGGAUAUUCCAAGAAGGGCUCAUGUCGCCGCGUUGUAUUGUCUUUGGGCCAGAGCAAGUAUACUAUCAAUGUGCAGGAGGGAUAUGGUGUGAAUCGAUGUUGGAACCUCUUUCCAACAUGUCUCAAUCCAACUCAAACGCCUCAUUCCAAGGCACGCUGCGAGACCCUUUCCUGGACGAAAGCAGCGACUCAACCUCUUUGUAUUGGUCUCUCGUUGAGGAUUACACCAGUCGCAACCUGACCUUUCCAAACGAUUCGCUCCGCGGAUUCAAAGGGUUUCUCGAGUACUUUUCCACCUUGCGAAACAUGUCGUUCUUCUGGGGUUUGCCCAACACGCCAUCUCUCUCGCGCAACCUUUUGUGGUCACACACUCCUGCGCCGCACCAGUCAGUGACACGCCGUCCGGAUUUCCCUAGCUGGUCGUGGGCGGGCUGGAGCGGUACCGCGUCCCUCAGUUAUCUUGGAGAAGAGGACCCGCAGACUGUCUUUACUAUGGGCUUGGAAUACGACGGCAAUGGUGAGGAGAAUGCUGCAGGCGAGGAAAAUCGUGCCCGCGAGGGGAAUGUUGCAGGCGAGAAAAGUGAGGGUUUCGUGUUGAGGUGUACAGCGGACGUCGCAACUGUGCCCUUAUCAGUCAAAAGCGCUUCUUUCGCGAGAGUAUCCAACGCAUCAUAUUUUGACCUCAACUGUGGGACUUCCGAGGGGCUCGGCUUCAAUAAAACGAGACACGAGUAUAUGGAAGUUUAUAGGGACCCAAAUUUUACCUACGGGUUGCUGCUUCGUCCCAGAGCCGAUGAUCAGGACGUUUUUGAGAGGAUGGGUAACGGAUGGAUGGAUAUCAGGACCUUGGCUCUUGUUCAUCCGUCAAGGAAGACUCUAAAGCUGGGAUGA